AGUCGCUCGUUCGAAGUUCCAGCCAUGGGGCCACGUUUCAGGCGUGUGCUGCUUUGUGCGUUUGUGCUACUAUCUAUUGCGGAAAAUUUCAAUGGAGCAAAUGCAAGUCAUCUCAAAAGCUCGGAAACGUCAGUGGCCGCAACAUGCCAGGAAGCAGCGCAAAACUGCAAGAAUAAGGAGAUCUGCCAUUGUAUCGAAAAAGAUGGAAAGCCUACCAUAUUCCAGGCGGCAACAUGCCAGAAUGCAAAGUUGAAGUGCACGGCCGAAGACCACUGCCACUGUAUCGAAAAAGACGGAAAGCCUACCAUAUUCCAGGCGGCAACAUGCCAGAAUGCAAAGUUGAAGUGCACGGCCGAAGACAACUGCCACUGUAUCGAAAAAGACGGAAAGCCUACCAUAUUCGUGCAGGCGGCAACAUGCCAGAAUGCAACCGUUGAAGUGCACGGCCGAAGACCACUGCCACUGUAUCGAAAAAGACGGAAAGCCUACCAUAUUCCAGGCGGCAACAUGCCAGAAUGCAACGUUGAAGUGCACGGCCGAAGACAACUGCCACUGUAUCGAAAAGACGGAAAGCCUACCAUAUUCCAGGCGGCAACAUGCCAGAAUGCAAAGUUGAAGUGCACGGCCGAAGACAACUGCCACUGUAUCGAAAAAGACGGAAAGCCUACCAUAUUCCAGGCGGCAACAUGCCAGAAUGCAAAGUUGAAGUGCACGGCCGAAGACAACUGCCACUGUAUCGAAAAAGACGGAAAGCCUACCAUAUUCCAGGCGGCAACAUGCCAGAAUGCAAAGUUGAAGUGCACGGCCGAAGACAACUGCCACUGUAUCGAAAAAGACGGAAAGCCUACCAUAUUCCAGGCGGCAACAUGCCAGAAUGCAAAGUUGAAGUGCACGGCCGAAGACAACUGCCACUGUAUCGAAAAAGACGGAAAGCCUACCAUAUUCCAGGCGGCAACAUGCCAGAAUGCAAAGUUGAAGUGCACGGCCGAAGACAACUGCCACUGUAUCGAAAAAGACGGAAAGCCUACCAUAUUCCAGGCGGCAACAUGCCAGAAUGCAAAGUUGAAGUGCACGGCCGAAGACAACUGCCACUGUAUCGAAAAAGACGGAAAGCCUACCAUAUUCCAGGCGGCAACAUGCCAGAAUGCAAAGUUGAAGUGCACGGCCGAAGACAACUGCCACUGUAUCGAAAAAGACGGAAAGCCUACCAUAUUCCUGGCGGCAACAUGCCAGAAUGCAACGUUGAAGUGCACGGCCGAAGACAACUGCCACUGUAUCGAAAAAGACGGAAAGCCUACCAUAUUCGUGGCGGCAACAUGCCAGAAUGCCACGUUGAAGUGCACGGCCGAAGACAACUGCCACUGUAUCGAAAAAGACGGAAAGCCUACCGUAUUCGUGGCGGCAACAUGCCAGAAUGCAACGUUGAAGUGCACGGCCGAAGACAACUGCCACUGUAUCGAAAAAGACGGAAAGCCUACCAUAUUCGUGGCGGCAACAUGCCAGAAUGCAACGUUGAAGUGCACGGCCGAAGACAACUGCCACUGUAUCGAAAAAGACGGAAAGCCUACCAUAUUCGUGGCGGCAACAUGCCAGAAUGCAACGUUGAAGUGCACGGCCGAAGACAACUGCCACUGUAUCGAAAAAGACGGAAAGCCUACCGUAUUCGUGGCGGCAACAUGCCAGAAUGCCUCGUUGAAGUGCACGGCCGAAGACAACUGCCACUGUAUCGAAAAAGACGGAAAGCCUACCGUAUUCGUGGCGGCAACAUGCCAGAAUGCAACGUUGAAGUGCACGGCCGAAGACAACUGCCACUGUAUCGAAAAAGACGGAAAGCCUACCGUAUUCGUGGCGGCAACAUGCCAGAAUGCAACGUUGAAGUGCACGGCCGAAGACAACUGCCACUGUAUCGAAAAAGACGGAAAGCCUACCGUAUUCGUGGCGGCAACAUGCCAGAAUGCAACGUUGAAGUGCACGGCCGAAGACAACUGCCACUGUAUCGAAAAGACGGAAAGCCUACCGUAUUCGUGGCAGCAACAUGCCAGGAUGCAACGUCGAAUUGCACGGCCAAAGACAACUGCCACUGUACCGAAAAAGACGGAAAGGCCAUCGUAUUCAUCAAGGAAACACCGGAUCCAACAGUACGCCCACCGAUAGCCACCUCUAUUGAUGAUGAAUCCAAUAUUCAAAGCACUAGCAGCACAAAUGAAC